GUACUGUAAAUAUAAGACUGGAGGCAAGAAAACCAGACAGAAGACUUUAAGUAUAACAAAAAAGUUUACAAAAAUUCUCCGGCGAACGAAAAUAAUUACUGUGCACAUCUACAAAGUAGUGAAUUAAGAUUAAGCGUAUCAUCAUGGAUACGCCAAAAACGGAGCUAUUAAGCAAAGCCCUGGAAACCGAUGAAAUGGAUAAAAUACCGUCGGACAUUGCGAAAAAGUUGGAAACAUUUUGCGAGUCCCGUAAUGAAGACUUCAUGACGACGAAGGUUCUGUUCGAUACAACACAACAGAAUUAUGAAACUCUUCGUCUGGAAAAUGACCAGCUAACAUCGAAAGUAACUGUAAUCGAGACGGAGAAUGAGUCUCUUAAACUGACCGUUGCCGAUUUAAACAAUAAAGUGGAAGCUGCCACCACUGAAGUGACGAAAUUAACCAGCCAAAUGGCUCAACAAGAAUCGGAGUUGAAUGACCAUCGGAAGAAACGCAACGAUUUGGCAGAUGAACGGGAACUAUUGCUCAAAAUGUCGGAUCGUAAGGACGUCCACAUUGAUCAUUUGAACGGAGUUGUAAAAAAACUGGAGGAGCAGCUUCAGUCGGCUGUUGGAGCCAAGUUCGAAGCAUUGGCCCAUCUCGAUGAAAUCGCCGGUAAAGAGCAGACGCUCAGCCAAAAGGAACGGCAAAUGGAUAUGGAAAAGGAGCUUUUGAACAGCGAAAUAGCCAGCUUGAGAGACAAUUUGAACCGAACCAUGGCCGAAGCGGUGGCAUUGCGUCACGAACUGACAUCGAUAAACGUCCAGUCCGAAAUCGAUUUGAAACGUAAGACUGAAGAAUUGCGCAACGCCAAUGCAACCAUUCAACUGUUGACCGACACCAAUGAAACUCUGACCAGUCAAUGUGGCGACAACAUUCAGAAAUUGAGAGAUCAAAUGAACGAGUCGUGUCGUCUAAUGGAACAUUACCAGAAAGAGUUGGAUGCCAAAGUCAAAUUAGCCGAAAUGCACAAGGAAAAUUGUGACGAUUAUCGUGCACAGAUCGAUGAACUGAGUGCGGGCAUGAAAGAGCGCCAACGAAUACUGGACGAAACAAUUGACCAGUGUGGUGUGUACGAAACGAAAUUGAAAGAAUGCAACGAUCAGCAUCAACUGGAAUUGGAUGAAAAGGACGACAUUAUCGCACAGCUGAAGCAAGAAUUGAAGGUGGUCAAUGAAAUGCUGGAAAAGGCCGACGAAGAAAAUCAGGAACGAGUGGUCGACAAUUACAUACCAUCUGCCAAUGCAAUGCAUCGUCGCUUGAAGAGCGGUCUCACAUUUACCGAAAUUUGCACACGAUAUUUCAGUCUCGUGGAACAAGUGAAAGUGAAGGAUCAAGACAUUGCCAAUCUGAAAUUGCAAUUCGAAACGGUCUACCAGGACAUACAGGAAAAGGCGCCCGAAUUCGAACGUGUGCAGGUGGAAUACAAAAAGGCUGUCUCGCUCAACGAAGAAUUGACCCGUAAAAUUGAUGACUACAUUGCCGAACGGGUUGUGAUCCGAGAUGAGCUCGCCAACAGUCGAUCGAAAUUCGGCUACUUGGAACGCGAAAAUAUGAAGCUGAAAACCAGUCGAAAUGAUCUCGCCCGACAGGUGUGCUAUUUAUUGAAUGAAAUCGAAUGUUCACGGGGCGGAACGUCGUCCGAACAGGACCAGUCAAUAUCGUCCGAUAUGCCGGCCAAUGAAGUCAUUUCCAACAAAUUGGUUACGUUCAACAACAUCGUCGAGAUGCAGGAAAACAACGAAAAAUUGCUGUUGUUGGUGCGCGAUCUGAGCACGAAACUGGAGGAAAUGGAGGAGAUCCAGAACAGCAUCGACAUCGAAACGUACGAAGCAAAAUGUGCCAGCUAUGAGAAACGGUUACAGGAUGCCGAACAAGCUAGAAGCGCCAACGAAGAGUUGCUCGGCAAUUGUUUGAAGGAAAAGGAUCGGUACAAGCAAAUGGUUUGCGAUCUCAUGAAAGAAAACCAUAAACCAAUGACUGGUGAUCAGUCUAUGCACAUGACCGGAAUGGAUGUGGGUGAUGCGGCUGGAUUGAAUGGAUCGUUCGGUGGAUCGAAAGAGGCUAACGACAAGAAAGUGGCCGAUCUUGAACAGAUGCUCGAUGACAGGGUGAAACAGUUGCAGGAACUGAAGGAAGAGUACACUGAGUUCCGUAAGGAGUGUAAGAACACCGUCAAAAGUAUGAACGAACAAUUCCAAAGUGAGCGAAAUGAAUUGCGAGAGCUUACCACGGCCAAUUGUAAAUUACAAACGCAAGCCACCUUCUUAACCGAACAGAUCAAAACUCAGCAGAACAACGUCGGGAUCUACAAGAAUAAAAUCCAAUCGCUCGAGGAACGGAACCAAAUGCACGAAAAAACGAUCGCCAAACACGAAACAGCUGCCAAAUACAUGCGCGAAGAGGCGCAAAGCACAAUGAAAAAACUGCAAACGCUCGAGGCUCGAUGUGAGCAUUUCCAGCGCGAAAACAACAAAAUCAUCAACGAGAAUCGUCAUCUCGAAAUGCAAUACCAAUUGCUGAGUCGCGAACGAGUCACCAACAGUACCCUGCAAAACAAUCUGGAAAUAAUCCGUGGAUCGUUCGAACGAUGGGAGACUGAUGGCCGUGCCAAAAUGGAACAACGACUGGAUGAUACGAGUCGCGAAUGUUUUGCUCUGCGUCGUCGAUUGCAGGAGGAGCAGGAUGAAUAUCGCCGGCAAAUAGCCAAGAUAAAGAGCGAAACGGAGGAUUCGGAGAAAAAGAUCAACGACCAAGUGUUGGAGGUGGAAACGUUGAGAGCGCAACUGAAAAAUGCCCAGGUGCAGAUCGAGUUGAAAAAUCAGCAACUCGACGAAUUGAUCAAUAAAAUGCAAAAUUCCCCGACCAUGACCCACAUCGAUGUUCCUGCGGUCGGUGAAAAUGCCAAAAUCAAAGAGUUGGAGCUGCAAGUGUUGAAUGCGGCUGCUGAAAUUCAGAAAUUGACAACACAAAAUACUGUUAGCGCAGCACGAGAGGCACGAUUGCGUCAAGUGGCAACCGAAUGGGAGGAAGAAGCCCUGAAACAGAAAGAGAGCUUCGACACUUGGAAGUCUAAAAUGGCAGCUGACUUGGAAGCCGCUCAACUCAGUGAAGCGAAAUUGUCCGCCAAGGUUGACGAACUACAGACAGAGAUUCGGCUGCAAGUAAUGGAAACCGAUUCGAGUAUGUUCGAUGCUGCCGCCGAAAAUAAGGCUCGCAUGGAACUGAAGGAUGCACUGCAGAAAAUCAGCGAACGGGAACGUGAACUGCGUGACCUGCGUACCGAAACCAAUCAACUGAAAAUCGAUCUGAAAACCAUUGAACAGAAGUAUUCGAAUGAAAUGCAGGUGCAUUCGGCCGAUAUUCAAGCGUUGACUAUGUGCAAGGAUGAGUUGAACAAGUGUCAGGAGCAAAUCGAUCAAGUCCGUGCCGAAAAGGAUGUUGCCAUCGACAUUCUCAAGGCCAGCCAGUCGGAAUUCGAGAAUUUAAACAAAAAGUUGAACGAAGACAAAAUGGAACUGGAACAGAAGUUGGAGUACUUGAAUAAUCAAAAUACCGCCCUGCACGACCACUUGCAAGCGCAGUGUAACAAAGCUGGGUCGUCGAACGAUUCGAUGAAUGAGUCUAUCAACGGUUCGUUCCUCAACCGAUCGCUUACCGAUGAUGAGGCUAAAGAAGUGUCGUCGAACAAACUCCUGAAGGUCAUUACUUACUUGCGUCAGGAGAAGGACUGUUCGGUUACGAAACUGGAGAUAUUAAAGAACGAAAAUACUCGCCUGUUGAGUGAAAUCGAAUUACUGAAGAAACGGCUGACCGAACAAUCACGCCAACUGAGCGUUGCCAAAGCGCCAAUUAAUGCACCCAAUGCUGUGUCAGCUUCGAAAUACGAAGAACUAAUGCGUAAAGUAGAAACGUUGAAUUCUGUGACCGAGAGCAACAUUCAUCUGCGUGCGGAAAAGGAAGCUCUUGCUGCUAAGGUCAACGAUCUGACCGAAAGAGUGACGAAAGUGGAAGACGAACUGUUCCCGUUGCAGGAGAAGAAUCGUGAGCUGACAGCCAAGAACGAGGAGCAGGCUCAUGUCAAUCAAAUGCUGCGCAACAAUGUCGAUCACUGGCGGAAACGAUCAUCCGAUUUAGUUGAUAGGAAUAACAAAAAUCCCGAAGAAUUCAAGCGACUUCAGAACGAAAGAGAAAAUUUGGCGAAGAUGUUGACGGUGGAAAAAAAUACCGUAAGUAAUGUGAACGCUCUGCUGGCCACGAUGACGAAUGAAAAAGCCAAAACGGAACAGGAGCUAGCUGCGAAUGUAAGACUGUUGCACACCACGAUGGAGGAGAAGAAGAAGAUUCAAGACGAUCUCAAUGCAUUGAAACAACAGAAUACACGAUUGACCCAAGAAAUCAUUGAAAUUAAGAGUCAAAUACUGAAGAGGGAGGACGACAUCAAGGCCGUUCAAACUGAACUGACGUCAAAGGAAAAUCUAAUAUUAGAAAUCAAGAAAAAGGAGAUUCAGAUCCGUCAAAUUGCCAAAAAGUACAAAGAUUCCUACUUUGAUCUGAAAUCAAACGUCGAUACUCGUCAGGCGGAUCUGGCUGCCAAGCCCUUAGAAGAACAGGCAGCCGCAACAAACGAUGCUGACGCUGCCGCAUUAGCUGCCCGAGCCGAAAUGGAAAAGAUUCAAGCGAAAAAAGUGGAAGAGCUGUCCAAUCAACUGUUGGCGCGACAGGAGGAAAUCGAACAGUUGCAGAAAGAGAUUGAAAAUCUGAAGAAGCAAGACGACAAAAACCUUUUAACAGAUGCCAGAAAUCGGAUUGCGGCAUUAACCGAAACGAAUCGACAAAUCACUCGUGACUAUCAAGUGUCCAAAACUCAACUGCAGACAUGCGAACAGAGUCGAUCCGAGCACGAUUCAGUAGUUGCGGCAUUGAAGAGUCAAUUGGAAGCCAAAAUGAAAGAAUUGUUGGAUCAGGAAGCUGCGAGACAAGAAACCAUUGCUCGUCUAACACGAGAAAAUGAAACGCUCAACACACGAGUCAAUCAGUUACAUCGACAAUUCCAACAACAGGGCUCCAAACCAUCCACGAGUUCCGGAACUAUUGAGAAGAGUCCAUCUGAUCCAGCCAGAACAGCCAAUGUGAAACCAAUGGCUACUCCCAGUGCUCAACAGUCGGCAACCGUUAAUCCACGUAGAGGUGGCGAUACACCAUUGGCCAGUAUCCGACCAGUGCCCGUGCAAAAUAGUCGUAUUGCUGCUGUACUUCCCACCAGUCAAACCAGCAACGUUGCAGCUGUUCAGGGUUCGUCGUCAUCGGCUGGAAAUGUGACCACAGCUCUAGUUCCACCACAACAACAAGUUCACACAACCGGUAACACAUCAACAGCUGAGGCAAUGUCCUCAUCGCCGACAAGCUCACAUACCGAUUACAUGCCAGCUACAAGUUCAGCUGCAGUUGUUGUUGCCGCUGUACCACCCAUGGGUCCCGCUUCGGCUGAAAGCACCCAAGAGGCUGAGAGUUUGUCUGUGAACACAAACGAAUCGUCGUCAUCUUCAUCGACGUCUUCACAAGCGGUUCUACAACAGCAAACUGUUGCACUGGUAUCGCCACGGGUGGAAGUCGUUCCACAAAAUGUUUCGGUUCCGUCUCAGCAAGUGGUUGAUCAAGCAGCCAGCACAUCUGGUUCGUCCAGUUCAUCAUUUAUAACAGCAAUGAGCAGUCACCACCAAGCUUCAUCCAGUAAUACUGUCACUACUUCGCAAGCAGGCCAUAAACGUCCUCGCGAUGCUGAUGGCGAUAGUUCGACGGGAGUUGAAGAGUCUUCUGCGUCUGAAAAGAAUUCACCGCAAAAUAAGCGCACUCGUGUCGGCGAACAAACAUUCCAAGGUGUGACUGAGUCCGGUUUGGACGUGGAAUAUCAAGUUCCAACUUCUUCACAGCGUGACCAAGAGGACGACGUAGUAGCGGUAGAUAGUGAGGAUGACGACGAAGAGAAUAUGGAUGAUGAAACAGUGGCUGAUGUGGACGACAAUUUUGACGCUGAUAACGGCGACACGGAUGAAAUCGAAUCGUUUGGCCAAGAUGAUGGUGAAGGCAUCGAAAUCGACGAAGAUGCUGUUCCGAAUGACAACAACGAAGUGGAUGUCGACGAUAGCAGCAAUGCACCGAAUCAAUCUUCCAGUGGAUUAGCAGCAUCAUCUGAGGCGCGAGGUACUCCAGCCGAAGUGAUUGAAUUGUCAGCGUCAGGACAAGAAAAUCAACAAAUCCAGACGAUUAGCAGCGGAAGUGAUGCCGGCUCUUCGAGUCAAGCAAAUCUGUGGCGACAGACACAGACACCUUCGAGACAGCAACAGCAGCAACAACAACAGCAGCAGAGCUUAGUUAUUCAACAGGCGUACGAAGAGAUGACCGAUGACAGUAUCGUUCCUAGUACACCGACGCUAUAUGUGGCUCGAAGAGCUGAUGGUUUCAGCGAGGCAGUGAGUUCACCCCAUCCAACCGUUCCACAUGGAUCUCGUUUUACAUUUGGAGAAUCGAAUGCGAACCGCACUGUCGUUGCAUCAAUUGAAGGCAUGGACGACACCCGCGUAGAAUUAAAUCUGUUGGACGGUUCUGGCGACAGCGGUCAGAGUAGCUCAGCCAAUCCUCCUGCACAACAAGAUGAUGAUAUUGUUGUCGUCGAUUUGAGCGAUGAUUAUUCCUACGAAAAUAAGGAAGCCGACCAGCGGCAACCAGUUGCUGGAACAAGCACGGAAGGAACCGUGCCACAGAUAAUGGUAACGGACGCAGAGAAUGACCAAAACACUUUCGAUGAUAGCGCAUCAACAUCACAGCUGACAGAUGACAAGAAUGAUGUGACCGAAGCAGAUGCUCAAGAUGACGAUGAUGUUGAUGCUGAUGGGGUUUCUUCCGGCCAAGACGGAGUUCAGGGUGAAGAUCGCGAAGCUGAAUCCACUCAAAUGGUAACCGAUAAGCGAACAACACGUCAAACACGACAAGACAGUCAACGUUUAGUUCCCAUCGUUUGGGACGGCGACUCGUCACCGCAGCAGCGUGGAAUCAAUCGUGGUACGCUGAAUAGAGGACAAGUCGGUCGUGGUGCUGGUCGUGGUAGAGGAAAGCGGCCAUUCCAUUCAUAAUUAUGAUUCUGGCGUUUUGCUGACCUAUGUGCAUCUGAGAUAUUUUCCAUUUUACUUCUGUAGAAUACGAUGUUAAGCUGAUGUCAAAUACACGACAAAUUUUGAACAUUCAAAUGA